UCCACCCCGGCAGCAGCUCCGCGGCCCAGCAGCGCUUCCCGGGGGCUCCGCGGUGCCCUCGGACCAUGGGCUUGCCCAAGGCGCCGGAGGGCCAGGACCUCCCGGAGGUAGAGACAAGAGAGGAUGAAGAACAAAGUGUGAAGUUAACUGAAAUUUUGGAGCUUUUGGUGGCCGCUGGGUAUUUCAGAGCCAGAAUUAAAGGCUUGUCACCCUUUGACAAGGUAGUAGGAGGAAUGACUUGGUGCAUUACCACUUGCAACUUUGAUGUGGAUGUUGAUUUGCUCUUUCAGGAAAAUUCUACAAUUGGCCAAAAAAUAGCUUUGUCAGAAAAAAUCGUCUCAGUCCUGCCAAGGAUGAAGUGCCCGCACCAGCUGGAGCCCCACCAGAUCCAGGGCAUGGAUUUCAUACACAUAUUUCCUGUUAUCCAGUGGCUGGUAAAGAGAGCUAUAGAAACGAAAGAAGAGAUGGGCGACUAUAUCCGCUCGUAUUCCAUAUCCCAGUUCCAGAAAACCUACAGUCUUCCUGAGGAUGAUGACUUCCUAAAGAGAAAAGAAAAAGCCAUCAAGACAGUCGUUGACCUCUGGGACGUUUACAAACCCCGUCGGAAAUACAAGCGCCAGCAGGGAGCAGAGGAGCUGCUGGACGAAGGAUCUCGAAUCCACGCUACGCUUUUAGAAUAUGGCAGGAGGUAUGGAUUUAGUCGCCCGAGCAAAGCUGAGAAGGCCGAAGACAGGAAAGCAGCGGCCCUUCCCACGGUUCCAGAGAAAGCCGAUGCCCAGGAUGAAGAUGAGCUUCGGGCUGCAGAAGAGCAGCAGAUUCAGUCACUAAUGACCAAGAUGACCGCCAUGGCGAGUGAAGAGAGCCGACUCACCGCCAGCUCCGUGGGCCAAAUCGUGGGACUCUGCUCCGCCGAGAUCAAGCAGAUCGUGUCUGAGUACGCAGAGAAGCAGUCUGAACUGUCAGCUGAAGAAAGUCCAGAAAAAUUAGGAGCUUCCCAGCUGCAUCGUCGGAAAGUCAUUUCCUUGAACAAGCAGAUUCUGCAGAAGACCAAACAUCUGGAAGAGCUGCGGACAAAUCACAGUGACUUGCAGGCUAGAUACAGCGAAUCGAAGAAAACCCUGACAGAGUUGAAGAGUUACAGUGAGAAACUGGACAAAGAGCAAGCCGCCCUCGAGAAGAUAGAAUCCAAAGCCGACCCAAGUAUCCUGCAGAGCUUGAGAGCACUUGUAGCCAUGAAUGAAAAUCUGAAAAGUCAGGAGCAGGAGUUUAAAGCGCAUUGCCGAGAGGAAAUGACACGGCUGCAACGGGAAAUUGAAAAGCUGAAAGCUGAGCGGGGACCAGGCGGAGAUGAAAAGGCGCCCUCCAGCGGAGAGCCGCAGGGCCGCCAAAGGCCCUUGACCCAUAAUGAAGACCUAGACAGACGGUACAACAUGGAGAAAGAGAAGCUUUAUAAGAUCCGGUUGCUACAGGCCCGGAGGAAUCGAGAAAUCGCCAUUUUGCAUCGCAAGAUUGAUGAAGUGCCCAGCCGAGCCGAGCUAAUACAGUAUCAGAAGAGAUUUAUUGAACUCUACCGCCAGAUUUCAGCAGUGCACAAAGAAACCAAGCAGUUCUUCACUUUGUAUAAUACCCUGGACGAUAAAAAAGUGUACUUGGAAAAAGAGAUUAGCCUGCUGAACUCAAUUCAUGAGAACUUCUCUCAGGCCAUGGCGUCCCCUGCUGCCCGGGACCAGUUUUUACGUCAGAUGGAACAGAUCGUAGAAGGAAUCAAGCAGAGCAGAAUGAAGAUGGAAAAGAAGAAGCAAGAGAACAAGAUGAGAAGAGACCAGCUGAAUGACCAGUACUUGGAAUUGUUAGAGAAGCAGAGGCUAUACUUUAAGACUGUGAAAGAGUUCAAGGAGGAGGGCCGCAAGAAUGAGGUGCUGCUUGCCAAGGUGAAGGCCAUGGCCUCCUGAACAUUCCCGGCCGUCGUCACACACAUCCUUGAGUUUCUUUCCAGAUGCCACAUACCAACUCCCAGACCGCAUAGUGGUCCAGCGUUGCUUCCAGAGUGAGAUACAGGUGGAAAGAGCUCACAGCCCUGGAUGUUUUCUCUCUCCCAUUUGCUCCCGCUGCAUCUCCAUGCCGGUGGGUGGAGUCCAACGGUGUAAAUUUGGGGAGGAGGCUCGGAGAAUACCCAUCCUCCUAUCAGGAAAAGCCGGGGAAGGGGUGUUUCUUGUCUGUGUCCAUCCAGCUUCUACUUCUCCGGAAACGUUUGCGUAUAUGAAGGUACCUGUAUUUGUAUGGACUCUUUGAAUAAAGAGAAAUUCAUUUGUUCAGCAACUAUUAA